AUGCCCCCGGUGCUGCCCCCGCAGGCUUGGCUUCCAGCCCCAGGCACGCAAGAGACAAAGCUGCGGGAGGAGCAGGCAGGACCCUCCUGUGUGCCUCCCCCGCCCAAAAGGACGGGAGAGGUCCCUGAGGAGGAAGUGUGUGGGCUGUGCCGGCGGGCAGACUGUGACCCCGAGGUGGUUGGGCAGCUCUGCCGUCAGGAUGGGCUCUGCAUCCAUGAGAACUGCCUGUACCACGCCAGCGGGCUGAUCCAGAGAGGGGCUGAUGAAGAGGGCUUCUACGGCUUCCUCAUCCCCGACAUCCAGAAGGAGCUGGAGCGGGUGGCACAGAAGAGGUGCUGCAUCUGCCAGCUGCGGGGUGCCUCGGUCACCUGCCGGCGCCGGCGCUGCCCCCGAAACUUCCACUUCCCCUGCGGCAGCGAGCGGGGCUGCGUCUCCCAGUUCUUCGGGGAGUUCAAGUCCUUCUGCUGGAAGCACCGGCCGGUGCAGCGGGUGCGAGCGGCGCAGCAGGACCAGACUCCCUGCCUCAUCUGCCAGGAGGCGGUGGCGGGGCGGCCCUGCUACGACACCCUGGUCUGCCCUGCCUGCGCCAGCGCCUGGUUCCACCGCCGCUGCAUCCAGGGCCAGGCACUGCGCUCUGCCCUGCACCACUUCCGCUGCCCGCUCUGCCAGGACGUGGACACCUUCCAGGCGGAGAUGUUUCGCCUGGGCAUCAAAAUCCCUGACAGGGAUGCUGCCUGGGAGGAGGACGGGGCCUUCAUGGACCAUUACCAGCGGCACAGCUCCUGCGACGCCGGCCAGUGCCUGUGCCCAGCGGGACGGGAGGAGGUGGAGGAGAAGGGGCCCUGGAGACUUCUGCUCUGCAGCUCCUGUGGCUCCCGCGGGACCCACCAGCGCUGCUCCUCCGUGGGGGAAGGUGCCGACUCCUGGGAGUGCGGCGACUGCAGCGACACGGGCACCGUGCCCCCCGUUGCAGCCGACGCAGACUCCAGCCCCCCGGCGCAGGGACCCUCACACAGCGCCCCGGCUCCUGCCACUUCGGCUGCAGAAGAAGAGGCCAGGAUCCUCGAAGGACACCCCGACACCCAACCGCCCUCCUAGCCUGCGUCCAACAAACCUGCAGAUCCUCCUUAA